AUGGCAUGGCUGAGCAACCAGACCUCAGGCAGUGAUUUCAUCCUCUUGGAUCUCUUCCACAGCACCCCAGUGCCCUGGGUCCUCUUCACACUCACCCUGCUCGAUCUCCUGGUGGCCCUGUUCGGCAACACCAUAAUAAUCAUCCUCAUCUGGGCCGACCCUCUUCUCCACACCCCCAUGUACUUUCUGCUCAGCCAGCUGUCCCUCAUGGAUCUCGUCUAUAUCUGCACAUUUGUUCCCAAAAUGGCCCUGAUGUUUCUGUCUGGGGACAACCGCAUCUCCUUCGUUGGGUGUAGCUUCCAGAUGUUCCUCUUCACCACACUUGCUAGCUCAGAGUUCCUGCUGCUUGCGGUCAUGGCUUAUGACUGCUACGUGGCAAUCUGCCAGCCUCUGUGCUACCCCAUCCUCAUGCGCCCCAAGGUCUGUGUGUUCCUGGUGCUUGUGACCUGGCUGGGUGCCCUGCUCAAUUCCUUGAUACAUGUCAUCUAUACUCUGACACUUACUUACUGCACCUCCAGGGAAAUCCACCAUUUCUUCUGUGUGAUCCCAGCGCUCCUCAAAGUGGCCUGUGCUGACACUUCACAAUACGAAAAGGGGAUUUAUUUUGUGCUGUGA